AUGUCCUCCACCAUCAAGGCCUCCACCACCAGCACUAGUAGCGGCAGCGGCAGCGGCUCGGGAGAUACGCAGCGUGCCCACUUCUCUCACUUCGACGUUACGGAGCAAGUCUUCCUUCGCACCCCCCAUGCGCUAGGAAUCGUGAAUAUCAAGCCUAUCGUGCCUGGACACAUCCUGCUCAUCCCCCCCUCACCCAACAUCACCCGCCUCUCCAACCUUCCCGCACCUAGCAUCGGCCCUUUCUUCACCACAUUGCAGCUUGUAGUCUCCCGCCUCGAGGAGGCAAUGGGAGCUACAGCGUGCACCGUUGCUGUGCAGGACGGAAGAGACUCAGGUCAGACGGUCGAGCAUUUGCAUGUGCAUGUUUUGCCCAGGAGGAAGGGCGACUUUACGCCGUCGGACGCCGUCUAUGCCGAGCUGGAGAAGUGGGGCUUCGAUGCCACGACGGGCAAGAGGCCCAGCUCGGCUGCUGCGGGCGUAGAGAAGCAGGGAGGGCCAGACGAUGAGGAUCGUCCACCUCGUACGCGCGAGGAGCUACUUGCCGAGACGGAGUGGUUGCGUAAGCUGUUCCGGGAUGUACAGGAGUAG